UGUGGAACCCGUCCUCCUUCCCAUGGUGCAGCCAAUAGACAAAGAAAACUGACUGUGACAUUAUUUAUAAUGACCAUUGUAUCUUUGCUAUUGUGGUUACCAUAUGUUAUAUCUACUUUUCUUUCUUUGACUGUUAUACACAGCCUUUCUUCCCUGAAAUUAUCUUUUAUUCUUCUAUACCACACAAACUCGCUUGUUAACCCCAUUAUUUACACAAUCAGAAUGCCAGAGUUCAGAAAAGCUCUUCUGAAAUUAUUUAAACGUCGACAAAGACAAAAUUAUGCUUUUCCUCUUCAAGCACGUUAA